AUGUCUUUUCUUGUAAGUAAACCAGAGCGAAUUAGGCGGUGGGUGUCGGAAAAGUUCAUUGUUGAGGGCUUAAGAGAUUUGGAACUAUUUGGAGAGCAGCCUCCGGGUGACACUCGGAGAAAAACCAAUGAGGCAAGCUCAGAGUCGAUAGCAUCCUUCUCCAAGCAGGAGAUCAUGAGUAGCUUUCUGCCGGAGGGAGGGUGCUAUGAGCUACUCACCAUUAUAGGCAAAGGGUUUGAGGACCUGAUGACAGUGAACCUAGCAAGGUACAAACCAACGGGAGAGUAUGUGACGGUACGAAGGAUUAACCUAGAAGCUUGUUCCAAUGAGAUGGUGACGUUCUUACAGGGGGAGCUUCAUGUGUCCAAACUCUUCAGUCAUCCCAAUAUCCUGCCCUAUCGAGCCACCUUUAUUGCAGACAAUGAGCUGUGGGUUGUCACGCCAUUCAUGGCAUACGGUUCUGCAAAGGAUCUCAUCUGUACUCACUUCAUGGAUGGCAUGAAUGAACUGGCCAUUGCUUACAUCCUGCAGGGGGUGCUCAAGGCUCUUGACUACAUCCACCACAUGGGAUACGUACACAGGAGUGUCAAAGCCAGCCACAUUCUGAUCUCCAUGGACGGGAAGGUCUACCUGUCUGGGUUACGCAGCAACCUCAGCAUGAUCAGCCACGGGCAGCGGCAGCGGGUGGUCCACGAUUUUCCCAAGUACAGUAUCAAGGUUCUGCCUUGGCUCAGCCCGGAGGUCCUCCAGCAGAAUCUGCAGGGUUAUGAUGCCAAGUCUGACAUCUACAGCGUGGGAAUCACAGCCUGUGAGCUGGCCAACGGCCACGUCCCCUUUAAGGAUAUGCCUGCCACCCAGAUGCUGCUGGAGAAGCUCAACGGCACAGUCCCCUGCCUGCUGGACACCAGCACCAUCCCCGCCGAGGAGCUGACCAUGAGCACCUCGCGCUCAGCGGCCAACUCUGGCCUGAGUGACAGCCUGGCCACCAGCACCCCCAGGACCUCCAACGGAGACUCGCUAUCGCACCCCUACCACCGCACCUUCUCCUCCCACUUCCACCACUUCGUGGAGCAGUGCCUUCAGCGCAACCCGGAUGUCAGACCAAGUGCCAGCACCCUCCUGAGCCAUUCUUUUUUCAAGCAGAUCAAGCGACGAGCCUCAGAGGCUUUGCCCGAGUUACUGCGGCCUGUCACCCCCAUCACCAGUUUUGAGGGCAGCCAGUCUCAGGGUCACAGUGGGAUCUUCGGCCUGGUAACCAACCUGGAAGAGCUGGAGGUGGACGACUGGGAGUUCUGA